AUGCAGGAAGACGUACCGCCCACGAAGAGGGAAAUGCACUGGCCAACAGUUCUCUGGUACAUUUAUCUGCACGCCCUCGGGAUUUGGGGUCUCUGGUUGCUCAUCUUCGAGGCAAAAUGGCUGACGGUGAUAUUCGCCGCUGUAAUCACGCUCACAGCGAUGUUAGGAAUUACUCUUGGGGCUCAUAGACUCUGGGCUCAUUCCAGCUACACUGCCUCCUGGUCUCUAAGGUUGUUUUUGAUGCUGGCUCACACUCUAGCAGGCGCGGGUAACAUCUAUGACUGGGUGCUUUUUCACCGUAUUCACCAUAGGUUUUACGGUACGAACAUUGACCCGUACAAUCACAAUAAAGGAUUUCUGUACAGCCAUGUUCUGAGCAACGUGAUGACCCCUCAUCUCGAGAUGGAAAAACACGUGAGAGACAUUGACAUGCGGGACGUCGACCUCGACGGUUUCGUAUAUUUGCAAAGGAGGUUUUACUGGAUCUUAAUGCCGAUCUUUGGUCUAUUGCUGCCGAUAAACGCGCCGGCUGAGUACUGGGGUGAAUCUGUGAUGAACUCGAUAUUCAUUCUGGGAUUUUUGCGGCUAGCACUCACCGUGAACGUGUCUUGGCUGAUCAACAGCGCGAGCUUGAUAUGGGGCCUGAAGCCAGGACAGAAAUAUCCACCGGACGAAAACAGUAUUUUUCUAGUGAGGAAAUCAUACUGGCCACAUUAUCACUACACGCUGCCAUGGGAUUAUAAAAGCGGUGAAUUUGGAACAUACGACCGUGGCUGCAGUACGACGAUUCUCAAAAUUUGGGAAACUCUUGGCCUAGCAUCAGGUCUGAAAACCGCGACAAGCGAGGACAUCCGGAAUGCACUGGCUAAAGCAGCUAUCGAUGGAGUUAAAAUGGAGGAUUGUCUUCGGGAUGUUUAUAAAUCAGCUGAAGAAGAAACUAAGAAAACACAGCUAGCUUUCAGACAUUAGAAAGAACGCAGAUAAACGGAUCGAAUCCAGACGUUCCGCGUUUUCAAUUUUCAUUCUCUUUUCUCUCGAUUUUUCUGUGUCGUCCGAAAAAUUACUCACUUAUUACGGCUUUACUGUCGUUUAUUUAGUUCCAUGGUUUUUUUUUUUUUUUUUUAUAUUUAUAAAUGCCGUUAGAAGCCAGUUACACUCGAAAGCUUUCUGAUAUAAAGUGGAUGCCUCAUCGCGAAUAUUCAUUUUCCGACUGAUGCAGAGAUCUUAGUUAAUUCAUAGACGAUUAUACACGUAAAUCAUGGAGAUAUUGAAGAAAAGAAAA